AUGCCCAAACCUCCUACGAUCCCAUGCUUGGUCAAGUCUAGAGGCAUACGGUUUGGAAAAGUGCCUUCAUACUCGCCGACCAAAGAAGUCUUGUGCAAUUAUGAAACCAUAGAGGACUUGGACGCCAUAGACGGAAUCUGUAAGGACUCACAUAGUGGGUUCUUGAGUUGGUCCAGAAGACCGUUCAACGAGAGAAGUGAAAUAUUGAGAGCUUCUUCGAGCUUAGUGAAGAAGAACAAGGAACAGUAUGUUGACGCUCAUAUGGCAAUUGGCGCUGGAAGGCCGUUUGCCGAGUUCAUCACCGACUUGGCGCUGCAGAACAUCUUAGAGCAUGCCUUGCCUAUUUCUAGGCCAGACGGUGAAGUGCUUAAGAGUCAGGCAAGUGAGUUGGCACUUUCAGUUAGGACUCCAGUGGGACCUGUGCUUUCAAUCGCUCCAUGGAAUGCACCUACGGUGCUCUGGGCUAGAGCCAUUGCAGCUCCUUUAGCUGCUGGUUGUUCUGUGGUUGCCAAGGCGCUGGAAAAGAAUCCAGAAACAUCUUAUCUCCUUGCUAAGGACUUUCAUGAGGCUGGUGUUGACCUUGGUGCGUUGCAAGUGGCUAACUUUGCUCCUCAAGAUCAACCUCAAGCUACCCAGAGACUCAUAGAGAACCAGCAUAUUAAGAAACUUACUUUUACAGGCUCCACGGGUCUUGGAUCUAAGCUUGCUGAGAUUGCGGGGCGCUCAUUGAAGCCUACUUUAUUAGAGCUCGGUGGUAAGAAUGUUCAGAUUGUUACUCCCGAUGCCGAUCUAGAGAAGGCAGCAGAGCUGCUGCUUUUCAGUGCUUGGGUCCAUAAUGGCCAGGUUUGCAUGUGUCUCGACAACUGUUACGUUCACAGUUCUGUCGUGGACGAGUUCCUUAAGAUCUUGGUUGAGAAGGCUAAAAGUCAGCCAAGUGAUGGCACUCCACUUAGAGAUAUCGAUGGUGCCGAUAAAGUUCGUGGUUUGGUAUCUCAGGCUAUUGACAAAGGUGCAAAGGUUGUAUUUGGAGACCCUAAACAACUGCAAGAUGCAUUUGUUCUGCCUUUGAUAUUGGCUGGUGUUGAUAACUCCAUGAACAUAUACUACGAAGAGACCUUUGGUCCUGUCUUCUCUGUAAUGAAGUACGAUAACCUUGAUAACGUUAUCGACGAGGUGAAUAACUUGCGGUUCGGUCUAAAGACGUCUAUUUGGUCUAAAAAUAUUCUAAAUGCUGUAUCUGUGGCUAAGAGGAUAGACUCUGGAGCUAUCCAUAUUAAUGGAUCUACUGUCCAUGACGAGGCCACACCACUGGGGUCUUGA